AUGCGUUUCUCCAGCUCUCUCGCCGCCUUCGCCGGCGCCUCGCUGAGCUUGAUCUCUGCCGUCAAUGCCGAGACCAAGGGUGUCUUCGCCCACUACAUGGUGUGCGGUCUCUCGUCGGUCGAGCAGGCCCAAACGGACGUCCGUGACGCAAAGAACCUGGGCGUGGAUGCCUUCGCGCUCAACGUCCAGAAUGUCGUCGACUCUUGGGCUACCAGCGCCAUCGACUACCUCUUCCAAGCUGCCGCCGAGAAUGACUUCCACCUGUUCUUCUCCUUCGACAUGGCCGUGUUGAACGAGCAGGACCCCGGCUCCUUCCUGCCCAUCUUCGAGCAGUACGCCGCCAACGACUCGUACUACAAGCAUGAUGACAAGCCGUUCGUCACCACCUUCAACGGCGGCAUCAUGUCCAACGGUGGCGAGUGGACCAGGAAGCUCCGUGAAGGCAUCGAGGCCGAUGGCUUCACUCCCUACUUCAUCUCCGACUUUGGUCUGUACAGCAGCGAGAGCGCCUCUGCCAGCGAGAGCCUUCUGGGUUCGCUGCAGACCUACUCUGCCGUCGACGGUGUCUUCAGCUGGGAGACGGCCUGGCCUGCGCAGGAUGAUGGCAUCUCCAGCAUCCUCAGCUCCGUGACCGACAAGAUCAGCCUUGAUGCCGCUCACGCCACCGGAAAAUCGUACCUUAUGCCCCUCUCCUCUCACCAGUUCAAGCACAUUGACGGCCUCGGCAACUGGUACCGCCGCGGCGAGCUCACCCUUCCCAACCGCAUGACGCAAAUCCUCGACCUCGAGCCCGAAUUCGUCAUGCUCCUGACGUGGAACGACGCGGGCGAGUCGCACUACAUCGGCAACGUGUGGUCCGAGUCCAUCUCGACCAGCGAGGCGACGCAGAAGUACGUCGACAAGUUCGACCACUCGGGCUGGCAGGACAUCAUCUCGCCCUUCAUCGCGGCGUACAAGAACAGCGCCAAGACGGCCGCCGACAUCGUGCCCGCCAACGGCAACUUCACCGGCGCCAUGUGGUACCGCCCGCUGCUCAAGGAUGCUUCCUGCAGCGGCGAUUACCUUGGCAAGCCUGUGGGCUGGGAGAACGCGCAGGACACCGUCAACUUCGCCAUCACGCUGCCCGCCGACACCGAGGGCGUCAAGAUCAACGUGUACAGCAACGACCAGCUGCUCGAGUCGUUCGACGGCAAGGCGGGUCUCAACGCCGAGGCCGUCUUGGGAAUGACGACGGGCAAGCAGCGCGUGGAGCUGGUCGGCGCCGACGGCUCCGUCUUGGGUGCCGGUCUCAGCCAGGAGGAUGUCGCGGCUGACGCAGAUUUCUGCAACUUCAACUACCACGUCGUUCACGUCGCGUAA